AAUCUGAGAGAAUGAAGAAGAAUUAGUAAACAACUGGGAGAUCUGAAUCCGUUAUAGUUAAAUUGGGAAAAUCAAUUGUUAGGCAACGAAUCCUUGCAUCCUUGUUAAUUAUCUGGCGUGCAAAAUGAUCCAUCUUGGAAAACAACUAGUGGUUAGGGCGCCAAAAAUUCGAUUAAGUGCUUGCGCUGUGAGUGGAAGUGGUCAAAGUUCAAGUCAUGAUCAAAACAACAACGAUUACAGCCCGAAACUUGUUGGCCCUAAUCUUAAUCAAUGCCACAAACGUUUGUCCAGCACUAGUCAAAGUUCAAGCGCCCGCACGAUGAAACGUUUAGCAGGAAAAGUAGCCGUGGUUACCGCCUCUACAGAUGGCAUUGGCUUUGCCAUUGCCAAGCGUUUAGCAGAAGAUGGCGCUUCGGUGGUCAUCAGCAGUCGGAAGCAGAAGAACGUGGACUCUGCUCUGGCGGAGCUGCGCAAAUUGAACCUCAAUGUCCACGGGCUCAAAUGCCAUGUAAGCGAGCCCCAGGAUCGCAAGCAGCUCUUCGAGGAAACUAUUAGCAAGUUUGGCAAACUCAAUAUUCUGGUCAGCAAUGCCGCCACCAAUCCGGCGGUGGGUGGAGUCCUCGAGUGCGACGAGAAGGUGUGGGACAAGAUCUUCGACGUGAAUGUAAAGAGUUCCUAUCUGUUGGCCAAAGAAGCGCUGCCUUUACUUCGUCAGCAGAAGGACUCCAGCAUCGUCUUUGUCUCCUCCAUCGCGGGCUAUGAUGCGUUUGAGCUACUUGGCGCAUACUCCGUCAGCAAGACUGCACUAAUUGGCUUGACCAAGGCGGCCGCCAAGGAUCUGGCGCCCGAGGGCAUUCGAGUCAAUUGCCUUGCCCCAGGAGUCAUCAGGACGAAGUUUUCCAAGGCUCUUUAUGAGAAUGAGUCGGCCAAUGAAGCGGCCCUGAGCAAAAUACCCAUGGGUCGCCUGGGCACCAGCGAAGAGAUGGCCGGCGUGGUAUCCUUCCUCGUCUCCGAGGAUGCGGGAUACAUUACGGGCGAGUCGAUUGUGGCCGGCGGCGGAAUGAAUGCGCGUUUGUAAGCGGUGUACAUAAAUAUAUUUCCUUACGGUCUAUGGAUAA